CUAAUCAUAUGAGUCUUCAAAUUCAUAGCCCCCAAUUACCCUGCAAUUCUGCCACCUCCACUUCGUUGUUCAACGGCAGUUUUCAACACAAAUUCUGCCCUAAAUAAACAUUUAACCAAGCUUUUUCUUGGGAAUUUGCUGAUUUUUUUUUCUUUUGCUGUCUGAUCUGUGGACACUGCUUAGUCUAGAAAUGAGAUCGCGAGCUGGUUGAGUGAGAUAAAAGGGGGCUGUUAAUUAAGGUGGUGUUGCGAGAAUGACAGGGACGCGGCUGCCGACGUGGAAGGAGAGGGAGAACAACAAACGGAGGGAGAGGCGGAGGAGGGCUAUAGCAGCCAAGAUUUUUGCCGGCUUACGUAUGUAUGGCAACUACAAGCUCCCCAAACACUGCGACAACAAUGAGGUCCUUAAGGCCCUCUGCAAUGAGGCGGGAUGGACCGUCGAGCCUGACGGCACCACCUAUCGCAAGGGAUGCAAGCCAGUCGAGAAUAUGGAUAUUAUAGGUGGUUCUGCAUCAGUAACUCCCUGCUCGUCUUACCAACCAAGUCCGUGCACUUCAUACAACCCGAGCCCAGGUUCUUCUUCGUUCCCGAGCCCAGGUUCUUCCUCGUAUGCUGCUAGCAUAAAUGGAGAUGGAAAUUCCCUAAUCCCAUGGCUCAGAAACCUCUCUUCUGCAUCAUCUGCUUCAUCCUCAAAGUUUCUACACCAGUAUAUGCAUGGAGGUUCUAUUAGUGCUCCUGUUACCCCUCCUGUGAGCUCCCCAACUUCUCGAACCCCACGAAUGAGGACUGACUGGGAUGAUUCUUUUGCUCGCUCUGGAUGGGUAGGGCCCCACAACUCACUCUUUCCCUCAUCUACGCCACCAAGCCCUGGUCGACCGAUUCUUCCCGAUUCAAAAUGGUUUGCAGUUCAAAUCCCCCAAAGUGGACCGACUUCUCCUACAUUUAGCCUUGUUUCUUCAAAUCCUUUUGGCUUCAAAGUGAAAGAUUUGACCAGAGGUGGAUCUAUCAUGUGUACUCCAGGACAAAGUGAGACCUGCUCCCCUGCAGUUGCUGCUGGUUCCGAUCAUACUGCUGAUGUUCCUAUGGCCGAAGCGAUUUCAAAUGAAUUUGCAUUUGGAAGCAACUCAACCGGCCUUGUAAAGCCAUGGGAAGGAGAGAGGAUCCACGAGGAGUGUGGUUCAGAUGGUCUCGAGCUUACUCUUGGAAGCUCAAAAACCAGAUGAAGAAAUGCACCAGAAGAAAGGUUUGUGCAUUGAAUGAAUAUUCAUGCCGAAUUAAAUGAGGAUGUGAAGACACUUGGUUUUUCUGCUUUCUUGUAUUCAAAUUUUAGUUCGACUAGAUUAUCACUUUCAUUCAGGGUUAUUUAAGGUGUGGAAUGGUCUCCCAUCGAAAGCAUUGUGUGUGUGAAAACUUGAUGUGUUCUUGUGGCAUGACCUUUGCUAGGCUUAGUCUUAUCUUUAUUAUUUUGCAUUUUUUUUU